AACUGAUUGUGUAUUUAUUUAUUAUUGAAAAAGAUUAUUUUUUUUCUAAAUGAAACACAAUGAUCUCAAUGGUACUAGUAGAGAUAGACGUGGAGAACGAGAUGAAAGAAGAGGAGAUCGUGAUCGAUCCCGUAGAGAUGGUUUAAUAGGACGAGAAGAACGGCAUCAUCAUUAUUCUGAAAGGCCAUCAAGGCAUGAAAGAGGGGAUGAACGAGAUCGGGAACAUAGUCAUCGACGAAGUCGAGAAGACGAACGACGACGACGUCGUCGUGAUGAAGAAUAUACACAAAAUGGAAGGAAUCAUGAUGGGGGACAUUCUAGUGGAGCAGGGCGCUCUGAAAGAGAUGAGAGGAUGGAUCGCAUGAUUCGUGAUAGACGAACAGGAAGAGAAGAAUGGCAUAGACGAAGUCGUAGUCCACGAUAUCGUGGACGAGAACCUACACCAGAUCUUACAGAUGUUGUGCCUAUUAAUGAGCGUCGACGUCGAAUGAGUAUGUGGGAUGUAAAGCCUACGGGAUAUGAAGCAAUCACAGCAGAGCAAGCAAAGAUGUCUGGAUUGUUUCCGUUACCAGGAGCACCUAGGCAAUCGAUGAUGGAUUUAUCUAAGCUUUCUACAGCAAAUAAAGGGCCAGCAGCUAUGAAUAUUCCUACACCUCUUGCAUUGCAACCUUUGCAAUCUAGACAGUCUCGAAGAAUAUAUGUUGGGAAUAUUCCUCAGCCUAUUGAUGAAGAACAUCUUGUGAAUUUUUUUAAUGAUACGAUGAGUUCUCUUAAUGUUACAACAUCAGGAGAUAAUCCUGUUGUAAGUGCUCAAGUUAAUCAUGAAAAAGCAUAUGCUUUUCUUGAAUUUCGACAACCUGAAGAUGCAACUGUCGCUAUUGGGUUUGAUGGAAUUUCAUAUAUGGAUAGUUCAUUAAAAAUUAGACGACCAAUGGAUUAUAUUAUUCCACAAAUGCCAUCGGAUGAUGGUUCAUACGUUCCGGGAGUAAUUUCUACAAACUUUAUAGAUACACCUAACAAAAUUCAUAUCGGGGGACUUCCUAUUUAUCUUGAUGAGGAGCAAGUUAUUGAACUUCUUAAAUCUUUUGGAGAGUUGAAAGCAUUUAAUUUAGUUAAAGAUGCAGUAACCAAUGAAUCAAAGGGUUUUGCAUUUUGCGAAUAUGUAGAUCCUGACGUAACAGAUAUUGCGUGUGAAGGUCUUAAUGGGAUGGAAUUGGGUGAUAAAACUUUGGUUGUAAAACGUGCAAGUAUUGGGAGUAGACAAAAGGCUAUUUCUACAUCGGGUGGAGGUAUUUCUAGUAUUACUAUGUUAGCAGAAGAAGAAGGUCACUUUCGACCAACGCGAAUAUUGCAAAUGUUUAAUAUGGUCACACCUGAAGAACUUCAAGAUGAUGAUGAGUAUGAAGAAAUUUCUGAAGACAUUAGAGAAGAAUGCUCGAAAUACGGAAAAGUAUUGGAUUUGAAGAUUCCUAGAGGUAUUGGCGGCAGUCGCUCAAACUUUGGUGUAGGAAAGGUAUAUGUACGGUUUGAAACAGAAGCAUCGUGUUUAAAAGCAAUGAAGGAUUUAGCUGGUCGGAAAUUUUCUGACCGUACUGUUUUAACAAGCUUUUAUCCGGAAGAAAAUUAUGAAGUAGGAGCGUGGUAG